AUGGAACAUGAUAUUAGUUCAUUUUCGCCAUUGGAAUUCGAGCCUAGUGAUGCACUUGUGGAUCUACAGCGCAACCAAUUGUUGGUUCCAUCUCUCUCGGAGAUUUAUGGUUUUCCUCUUCCUGAAUGGAACAGUGAAGGGGUUCUCGAGAUCCCAAAUGUUUCCUCCAGCAUUGUGGCACAGGUGGAACUAGCUGACUUUGGAUCGGCUACUCUGGUCGAUGAUGACACACUGUACGCCGUUUCUGAAAUCGAUAUUACAACCCUUGAGCAGUCUCCACAAAUGUACUCGUUUGAACGCGGAGAUUUUGGACGCUUUGAAGUCACUGGUCAAUGGAAGCUGGAGACACCCGAGCCUGAAGGUAUGGUCAGGGUUUCCGAAGGCAGGUCCUCCUACUUGUUGGUUUCUGGUCAAAUCGGAGAGGGACCACUAAGUACGGUCAUUAAUCAUUUCGAAGUUCCUGAACCCAAUGGAACGCCGAUCAACCCAAAUGCCACUGUUGGUUUACCCACGACACCAACGUUGGAAGCGAGCCGCAAUCUGAACGAGAAACUUAUUGACGCUAAUAUGGAGGACCCAAAGAUCGGAGCCAUGACCUACUUCGAAGGAGUCUUGUACGUCUUGCACGAAAAAGGCAAGGUCGUCCGAGCUUGGGACAUGGAGACAGGGUCCUUCCAAGCCGAGUGGGCAUUGCCAGGAAUUCCAAACAGCAGUGGAAAGCAAUGGGAAGGACUGGCGUUUCAACGAGUCGAGCGUCCGAGACGAGCCACAUUAAUCGAACGAUCAUCUUCUUCAAACCCAAAGAACAACCUUCGCCGUCGCCGCAUCCAGACAACAGACGACGAUCCUCGAUGGAGAGAUGAUGAUAUGCAAGGAACCGAUGACGACGACCAGGAAGAGGACGAAGUUGACACCAGCGUUUUGGUCCUCCACUUGACGCAUGACACGCCCGCUGCCAUUUGGAGUAUUGUCGUCAAAGAAGGUGACAUGAAAGGAAGCAUCGAAUACCCACCAUGUGCUGAUGUUUUUAGGUAG